AUGCCACACCCUCCGAGCCCUCCCUCCUUCGACGACCAAGAUGACACCUCCACCAUCGCGCGAACGACAUCCUCACAGUCGUCCUUUCUCUCCGACACAAGCAGCAAACGUCGUCAAGCAUACUACUCCCGAAGAGCCGCGUCCAUCAUCCGUGCCGUAUCCUUCUUCUCCUCUGUAGUCACUGCGCUCUGCGCUGGCUCCAUCACCGUCUUCUCCCUCUACGGCCAUAUCUUCCAGGAGCGUCUGCACUACACGCAGCUGCAGGUCAACGGCCUUGCUAUCUCGUCUUCCAUCGCCCUAUACCUGCCAGUUUCGGCUCUCGGCUACAUCUGCGACCGUGCCGGUGCUCGACCGUUGUCAUUCCUCGCGGCGCUCUUGUUCGGCUCCGGCUACGCUAUCGCCGCCAUCACCUAUCGCAAGCUUGACUACGAGACGGCUGCCGGCCUUCGAGGGCGAGAUGGAAGGCUUGUACGGAUUGGAGGCAGCAAAGAUGGGCAAGAUGACACCGUUGCCGACUGGACAUACCCCCUUAUGAUGUUUGCCUUUGUUUGUGUCGGCGUCGGUACGUGCUCCAUGUACCUCGCUGCCGUUGCCACGAACGCCAAGAACUUUGGCAAGGGCCGUCAUCGAGGCCUCGCUCUCGCCGUGCCCAUCGCUGCCUUUGGUCUCAGCGGCAUGUGGCUCAGCCAGGUCGGCAGUCGCGUCUUUUACGAGCGCCUGUCCGACGGCACGAAGGGCGACCUCGACGUCUUCCGCUUCUUCGUCUUCCUGGCAAUCCUCCUCAUCACUGUUGGUGUUGCUGGCGGCUUCACCCUGCGUGUCGUCGAUGAGGACGACCUCUUCGAAGAGGCUGUCGAGGAGCUCGAGCGCAGUGGUCUCCUCGACCGCAGCUCUCUUCUUGAUGGCCGAGGGCGUGGCUAUGGCGCCGUUGAGCGUUCCCGUGACGAGGAAGCCGCUGGUGAUGCUGGUAUUCUGGACUCCUCCACCCAUCUGGAUGACGCCAAACUGAAGAAGGAAUGGGUGCUCAAUGCGGAGACGCGCAACUUCCUCACCGAUCGCACCAUGUGGUUUUUUGCCAUUGGCUUCCUUCUCAUGAUCGGUCCGGGUGAGGCCUUCAUCAAUAACCUCGGUACCAUCAUCGGCACACUCUAUCCGCCCACUGCCGCUGGCGAGCACCCGGGAAAGGCCACUUCACCGUCGACUCACGUGUCGAUUGUUGCCAUCACGAGCACGAUCGCUCGCCUAGCGACCGGCACUCUUACUGACCUGCUCGCCCCGUCGCCCACGACGCAGCACCUUCAGCUUGAAGCCUCUCCGAGACCCACGUUCCUUCGCGGGUUCUCCCUUUCACGUGUCGUUUUCCUGCUCUUCUUUGGUCUUACGCUCUCCGCCGGCCUCGUUGCCCUGGCUUCAGGCUUCAUCCAAAACCACGGCGAACGCUUCUGGAUCGUAUCGGGCCUCGUUGGAGCCGGCUACGGCGCUGUCUUCAGCCUGACACCCAUCAUCAUCUCCACCAUCUGGGGCAUUGAAAACUUUGCCACGAACUGGGGCAUCGUCGCCAUGUUUCCGGCGUUGGGCUCCAUGUUUUGGGGCCUCGUCUACUCGGCCAAUUACCAGAGUGGUGCCGAGGCGGCCGCCCGGCGUGGCGAAGGCGAUGUCUUUUGCUAUGGCAAGGAGUGCUAUGCGCCAACGUUCUGGGCCAUGAGCGGCACCGUGUGGCUUGCAUGUGGCCUGGUUUGGUAUGCCUGGAAGGGCAAGGGUGGCUGGUCGCAGCGCGGCAUCGUCGUUUGA